UUGCACAGAGUUCUGUCCACUGCAGUUAGGUCAGAAACCUUCACCUGCCUCCCUGUGUGGGCAUCGCUGCCUCUGCAACAUGGACUCACAGCACUGCAAAAUGAAUGGUGACCCUUUCCAGGAAUCUAUGUACAUUGAAGAGUCCCAAAAUAAAAAUGGUGUGAUUUCUUUGAUUUUCUCUCUGAAAGAAGAAGUUGGGGCAUUGGCUAAAGUCCUGCGCACAUUUGAGGAAAAAGGUAUAAACUUGACCCAUAUUGAGUCCCGACCUUCCCGUCUCAACAAAGAUGAGUAUGAGUUCUUCAUUAACUUGGAAGGCAAGAAUGUCCCAGCACUGGAUAAGAUCAUCAAGUCCUUGAGAAGUGAUAUUGGAGCAACAGUCCAUGAGCUUUCACGAACAAAGAAGAAGGACACUGUGCCAUGGUUCCCAAGAAGCAUCCAGGAGCUGGACAGGUUUGCCAAUCAGAUCCUAAGCUAUGGAGCAGAACUGGAUGCUGACCAUCCUGGGUUCAAAGAUCCCGUGUACCGGGCCCGGAGGAAGGAGUUUGCAGAUAUUGCCUACAACUACAGGCAUGGCCAACCUAUUCCUCGUGUCACCUACACGGAAGAAGAAAAGAAAACGUGGGGCACCGUAUUCAGGGAGCUGAAGACUCUCUAUCCAACUCAUGCUUGUUAUGAACACAACCAUGUGUUCCCACUGCUGGAGAAGUACUGUGGCUACCGGGAAGACAAUAUUCCUCAGCUUGAAGAUGUUUCAAACUUCUUGCAGAGCUGCACUGGAUUUCGCCUGCGUCCUGUUGCAGGCUUACUGUCCUCUCGGGAUUUCUUGGCUGGGCUGGCAUUUCGAGUAUUCCACUCUACACAGUAUAUUCGCCAUGCGUCCAAACCCAUGUACACACCAGAGCCUGAUAUUUGUCACGAGCUGCUAGGACAUGUACCUCUUUUUGCUGACCCCAAUUUUGCUCAGUUUUCCCAGGAAAUUGGACUGGCAUCUCUGGGAGCUCCAGAUGAUUUCAUCGAGAAACUUGCUACGGUUUAUUGGUUUACAGUGGAGUUUGGACUGUGUAAGGAAGGUGAUUCACUGAAGGCAUAUGGUGCAGGGCUGCUGUCUUCAUUUGGGGAGCUUCAGUAUUGUUUAUCAAGUGAACCUGAGAUUCAGCCCCUAGUCCUGGAGAAGACUUCUGUGCAGAAGUACCCUGUUACUGAGUUCCAGCCUAUCUACUAUGUUGCUGAAAGUUUUAAAGAUGCAAAAGAAAAGCUAAGGAAAUUUGCUCAAACGAUCCCUCGUCCUUUCUCUGUUCGGUAUAAUCCCUACACCCAGAGGAUUGAAGUCUUGGACAACGCAAAGCAGCUGAAGAACUUAGCUGACACUAUCAAUAGUGAGAUUGGAAUCCUUUGCAAUGCUCUCCAGAAGAUAAAAUGAAGAUUUGUUGUAACUUGCUAAUUACUGGCUACUGGCUAGAAGCUGCCAUGUGCAAAUGUCAGUCUUCAUCUAGCCUCAGUCUGUUAUAUUCCAGUGUAAUGCAUGAAUGCUUAUGUUAUAUAUCUUAAUUAUUAUAGAUUAGCAGAGAAAUAGGCAUCUGCAGGUGACCCUUUACUUUUUUGGCCUUCAGACACUAAUCCAUUUUUUCUCACUAAUGCCUUAAAAUUACCUUAUUUCUGGGAAUCUGGGGAAAGCCUCCAUAUGUCUUGUUCCAAAGAUUAGCCGAAGGAGAUCUUCACCAUGCAGAUCUAUAGUCUGCUGCACCUGUGAGAUUGCAUUACCACUCUGGGACCAGGGUCAGGAUGUCAGUCAUGAACAGACUAAUCCUCCUCGCUUUCUCUCACAAUCACUCUCCCCUCAGUUCCUCACAUUUGUCCAAGGUUCCUAUGGAGUCUCAAACUCUAUACCUUUCAGGGCACAUACAUGUUCUGCUUGGCCUUCUGUACUUUUACUUCUACACACAAACACCUCUAUCCUGAAUUGGUUUUUUUCCUAAAAAUAUGGUAUUGCCAUUGAUCCAAAGCACAGAUGCUAGCAGAAAAGAUAAU